AUGGCCAUGUACCAUCGGGUCCCUACAGUUGUCACAGGGCGCCGGGGCAGGCUGGCGCAUGAAGUCCUAAUAAUAACAAACAGGGCCGACAGGGGUGGUGGCCUCGAGAGCAGCCUCGGGAGGGGCGAGGGUGACGACGAUGACGGGCUUGGUUUAGGCUGGCUGGAGCUAAAUGAGCCGUGCGGCUUACAGUGGUGUUCGGAGCUUUGGGCCUUGUGCCUUGUCAGCUAUCAGAUCAUUGCGAGGGUGGUGGCAGUGUGGCAAGCGUCAUGUUCACUAAAUAGAAGCCUACGUAGGCAUGCCUCAACUGCUUGCGAACCAGGCUGA